AUGGAUCUUGUCUCUCGAAGGCUGAUCGAACAAGCAGUACUCCCACGAAUAGGAAACUGCUGCUACUCGCCGUUGACGGGAACUUAUGAAUCCUUAAUCCAAAAUUCCACGGCCAGGCUGACUAGCAACAGCAGAGUUAAAAGAUACGGACCAUUUCGUCACGAACCAAUACAGCUCGAACGACAAUAUGCUUCCAUCGAAGCGGCAGCAGACCUGCUCUUCCAGGUCAAAGUAAGAGUGGAAAUUCUCUCAAGCAUUGAAGCUUGA